AUGAAUCCUAAAUACACUUAUCGCAAAAAGUAAGUGACCAAUGCAGAAAAAUAACAGAUACUCAAAAUCCUAGGAAACAACCCAACAGAUAAAUAAAUUGAAUACAUUGCUCAUGAAAAUGACUUGAAAACCAGAACCAUCAAGGCAUGGCUAAAAAACAAGUAGCAAUUUUGUUCUGAAAAUAAACAUACCUCUGAUUCAGAAGACAAUCAAUACAAUAAAAAAAAGUCCAAAGAAGAUAAAGCACUUUUUGAUUAUGAGAGGCACUUUAACCAAAACUCAAACUAAUACAAUUAUGAAAUUACUAAUUCAGAUUUACUUAUGAAAAAAAAUGGCAAUCUCAAUGAUUCCAAGUAGUUAUAGAAUGGGCUGGCAUUUCCUUUAUCACAUAUCUCUGCACAAGGAGAGAAAAGUUAGUAAAGGUAAUAGGACAAAUAUGCCUUAUAAAAUUUUGAAUCAUUAGCCUUACUAUUAGAUCAAAACGAUGAAAUUCAUUAACUCAUUUCUUUAUUUUAGAAUUAAGAGAGAUAAAUUGAAAAUAUCAAAAAGGUUUAACAAGAUAUUUUGGAAUACAUGUGCUCUCAUCUAACCAAAAAACCAAAGAGGAUAUGA